AAAAUUACAGUACUGACAACAGCCAUAUGAAGAAAUUUUGCGUUGCUGUCGAAGUAAACAUCGAGUUUUUAAGUCAUUUUAGAACACUGCAUAUACAUGUCAAACUCUUUAUAAGGUUAUUUAAAAAUCAACAACAGAAGCGGUCUGUUCUGGUCUCAAGCUAUUUUGUAUAAUUUUGACGAAAUAAAUAAAUAAAAGAUGGCUGAAGAAGUAACUGAAGGUGUAGAACAUGUUUUGGAGCCUGAUUCAGAGUUGCGUUUGGAAAUAGAAGAUAAAAAUGCCAAAGUUUAUGUGACGCUACUGUCGGGUUUCGCUGAAAUGUUUGGCACGGAACUCGUGAAAAAGAAAAAGUACGAAAUACGUGGUGGUGGCGCCUUUUUCACUUACCAAGGCUGUGUAUUGAAUGUUGUUGGAAAAACUGAUGUUAGUUAUAUUUCAAAGGAAACACCUAUGGUGCAAUAUCUAAACUGUCACGGCGCAUUGGAAAAUAUGAGUGUAAUUGCAGAGGACAAGGAUGAACGUGGACCCGUUUGUAUGGUAGCUGGACCCAUGGAUGUUGGCAAAAGUACUUUAUGUCGCAUAUUAUUAAAUUAUGCCGUACGUCGUGGACGUCGUCCAUUAUAUGUUGACACAGAUGUAGGUCAAGGCUCAGUGUCUAUUCCCGGUUCAAUUGCUACAAUACUAAUUGAAAGGCCAGCUAGUAUUGAAGAAGGUUUCUCACAAACUGCACCACUCGUUUAUCAUUUUGGGCAUAAUUCACCAAGUGGCAAUGGUGUGUUGUAUAAAACAAUAAUUACCAAAAUGGCGCGAGCGACUUUGGGUUUACUGAAUGAUAACAAACGUACUAAGUAUUCUGGUGUAGUAAUUAAUACUUGCGGUUGGGUUAAAGGUGGUGGGUACCUCAAUCUCUUGCAUAUAGCUCAGGCGUAUAAUGUAGACGCUAUAUUUGUGCUUGAUCAAGAACGUUUGUAUAACGAAUUGUUGCGUGAUGUCCCAUCAAAUAUACGUGUUGUACUUUUACCUAAAAGUGGUGGUGUUGUAGAACGAAGUAGGGAUUUACGAAAUGAAAGUAGAGAUGGUCGUAUUAAGGAAUAUUUUUAUGGAAAUCGUACCCCACUGUAUCCGUUUUCAUUUGAAGUUAAAUUUCAAGAUUUGAAGCUAUACAAAAUUGGUGCGCCACCAUUGCCGGAUUCAUGUAUGCCAAUCGGAAUGAAGGCAGAAGAUAAUAAAACCAAACUAGUAGCUGUAACACCAAGUUAUGGUUUACUACAUCAUAUUUUAGCUGUGAGCUUUGCUGAAUCAGUCGAAGACGAUGUUAUUGGGUCUAACUUAGCAGGAUUUGUCUGCGUAACUGAUGUGGAUAUAGAACGACAAAGUCUAAUGAUUCUUUCCCCGCAACCACGUCCACUACCAAAUACAAUUUUAUUAUUGUCAGAGGAGCAGUUCAUGGAUAGCCAUGCAUAGCUGAAACUCAAUGAAUCUUUGGCAGCUUAAUAAUACGCAGAUUAACACUCUAACCUAAGACAAUUUAACAAAAAAAAAAACUUAAUUUAA